GAGUGCUUUGUGUUCCGGGGGGAGUUUGAGGGCAGUGCCUGUGGCCCCCACGGACCCUACAUUCCUGACGUCCUCUUCUGGUCCGUGGUCCUCUUCUUCUCUACUGUCUUCAUGUCCGCUUUCCUCAAGGAGUUCAAGACCAGCCGCUACUUCCCCACCAAGGUGAGGGCCCAGAUCAGCGACUUUGCUGUUUUCAUCACCAUCCUCACCAUGGUCCUAGUGGACUAUGCCCUGGGAAUCCCCUCACCCAAACUGCAGGUCCCCAACAAGUUCAAGCCAACCAGAGACGACCGUGGUUGGAUAGUGAACCCAAUAGGACGCAACCCGUGGUGGACAACUAUAAUCGCGGUCCUCCCUGCGCUGCUCUGCACCAUCCUCAUCUUCAUGGACCAACAGAUCACUGCUGUUAUCAUCAACAGGAAGGAGCACAAACUGAAGAAGGGCUGUGGCUACCACCUGGACCUGUUUGUGGUGGGGGUGAUGCUGGGGGUGUGUUCUGUGAUGGGCCUGCCCUGGUUCGUGGCAGCCACCGUGCUCUCCAUCUCCCACGUCAACAGCCUGAAGCUGGAGUCAGAGUGCUCGGCCCCCGGGGAACAACCCAAGUUCCUGGGGAUCAGAGAGCAGCGCUUCACCGGCCUCAUGAUCUUCCUACUCAUGGGCUGCUCCGUGUUCAUGACCUCUGUCCUCAAGUUUAUCCCCAUGCCUGUACUAUAUGGAGUGUUCUUGUACAUGGGAGCGUCCUCGCUGAGAGGUAUCCAGUUCUUUGACCGUCUCAAGCUGUUUGGCAUGCCGGCCAAGCACCAGCCAGACUUCAUCUACCUGAGACACGUCCCCCUGAGGAAGGUCCACCUCUUCACCAUCAUCCAGCUCAGCUGCCUGGUCCUGCUGUGGGUCAUCAAGACCUCAAAUUAUGCCAUCGUCUUCCCCAUGAUGGUGUUGGCUCUGGUGUUCAUCCGUAAGCUUCUGGACUUCAUGUUCACCAAGAAGGAGCUGAGCUGGCUGGACGACGUGAUGCUGAGUGGAAGAAGAGAAUAG